AUGUCUUUUGCUCAAAGCUUCUACUGCUUCCCUAUCUUCACCACCUAUUGCAAUGAUGUGCCUCUCUCCCCUGAGACAGGUAUUAUUGAGGCUAAUCAUGUCCGCGACUUAUACUACAUUUAUGCUAACCGCCACAAUGAUCACCCUUCACCCUACUCAGAAAACCAUCCUGACCCUCUGGAGCGGCGCAUUCAUGCUAUGCCAGAUGUUGAGGUGUUCCUCAUGGCUGAUGAUCACCCUCCCCAGUGGUUCCUAGGUGUUGACCUUGCCCAUGCUCUCCAUGGGGCCUACUACCAUGCUCUACAGGUCUUUGGGGAUGCUGUUCAACCCACAGGAUGGAAUCGCCAUGAUCCUUGGGGCAAUUAUGAUUAUGCCUCUAAGCUAGAAGAGAUCAACUUCCCAUACAUCCCUCGUCCUAUCUGCUUCACUCGCGAUCUCUACCACUUCCCCUUUGACACCUUCCAUGAAUUACAGCGCCAAGUCCACCACAACAAUUUCUAUGUCAUCUGUCUCAACGCGCUUUCCAUCAUUAUUAAUGCUACCAAGCAGAACCAUUACAGCAACCUGGCUCAUGUUGGGUACAUUUGUGGUUCCCCUGCUUGCGUAUCAGCACACCGCUUCUGGUGUUGUCUACACGGGCACCCUGUCAUUGAUAGCUCUGAAGACGAUUUAUCAGAUGCGGUUUCUUCGCCGCCUGCGUUGGAAGAAUUUGUGGAACAGAUCUUCAACUACGCCGCUUGGGGAAUCAAGCCUCCCGUCAUCCCUGAGUCCCACGGAAUCCAAUGGUUGGGACAGCAAUACGGCGAUUCAUUCACUGCGCCGGAGUUCAAGCCCUUGCACGCCGCAAGCAAUGCAGGCGAGUACCCUGCACCUCCCAACAGCAACUACGAGCUCGACGUCAACGCUCUUACCGAGCAGCUUGCGCAAGUGGCCGUUGUACAGGACGCCGAUCCCGCACCCCCGUCCUUCAGCGCCAACUUCGUCGAAUCUAUUUGGGAAUGGCCUGGAGAACCUCAGCCCGUCGCCGACCUGGGACCUCCUGAGUGGCCCUCCGUACCACAGCAGCACACGCCUCCGUUUUCAUGGGAAGACCAUUGGCACGAGGUUCGCGCCCGCGACUUAAGGACCGAAGGGGAUAUGGACUUUGACAUUGGCGGAGGUAUCGAAAUCAACGCUAACCAUGUCAUUCAAACUCGUCCUGUAACCUCUAACUAG